AUACACACCACCACACAUGCCAUCUCUGAGAGGAGAGAAAGAGAGAGAGAAGAGGGUGUGGCCGUCGUUCGUGUGGGCAGUGCCUCCGCCCCGCGCUUCCCUCGACCCUCUAUAAAAUUAUCCCCCACCCCCAUUGCCACCCUCACCCCUCCACCCAACCCAUCUCUCUCUUUUCUCUCUUUCGCACAUUCACAGUUCUCUCUUCGUCCGCCGGGACACACCAUGGACGUUCGCCGGCGGCCUACAAAACCCCACAGCCCGGCCGCCGCUGCGGACGCCGCAAGGCCCCACCACCACACCAUCCACGACCCCCGCAAACUCUCAUCCCCACCGCCGAAGGCGUCGGACGCCCUCCCGCUCCCAUUGUACCUAACCAACGGUAUUUUCUUCACCCUUUUCUUCUCCGUCGCAUACUACCUCCUCCACCGCUGGCGCGACAAGAUCCGUACCUCCACCCCCCUCCACGUCCUCACCCUCUCCGAAAUCGCCGCCAUUGUCUCCCUGAUUGCAUCCUUCAUCUACCUCCUAGGUUUCUUCGGCAUCGAUUUCGUGCAAUCAUUCAUUGCGCGUGCCUCCCACGACGCCUGGGAUGUCGACGAGGACCCCCAGCAAUUCAUCCUCGAGGAGGAAAGCCGCCGGGGACCUUGCCCCGCCUCCAUCGACUGCUCCGCUCCUCCCGCCGCUGCCAUUGUUCCGCCGCCGGUACUUUCCUCCGAGGAGGACGAAGACGUUGUCAAGUCGGUCGUUAGCGGGGUGAUUCCGUCCUACGCUCUCGAAUCGAAGCUCGGAGACUGUAAGCGUGCUGCGGCGAUUCGCCGGGAGGCGCUGCAAAGAAUGACGGGGAGAUCCCUUCAGGGUUUGCCUCUGGAAGGGUUUGAUUACGAUUCAAUUUUAGGGCAGUGUUGUGAGAUGCCGGUGGGGUACAUUCAGAUUCCGGUGGGCAUCGCCGGGCCAUUGCUGCUCGACGGGUUCGAGUACUCGGUGCCUAUGGCGACAACGGAGGGGUGUUUGGUGGCGAGCACGAACAGAGGGUGUAAGGCGAUCUACGCGUCGGGUGGGGCCACAAGCGUGCUCAUGAGAGAUGGGAUGACCAGAGCGCCUGUGGUCAGGUUCGGGACGGCGAAGAGGGCGUCGGAGCUGAAAUUCUUCCUGGAGGAUCCCGUCAAUUUCGACACUUUGGUCGUCGUUUUCAAUAGAUCGAGCAGGUUCGCAAGGCUCCAAAGCAUUCAGUGCUCUAUUGCAGGGAAGAAUCUAUACAUAAGGUUCCGCUGCAGCACCGGUGAUGCUAUGGGGAUGAAUAUGGUGUCCAAAGGCGUUCAUAAUGUUUUGGAGUUCCUUCAAAGUGAUUUCCCUGACAUGGAUGUCAUUGGCAUCUCUGGAAAUUACUGUUCUGACAAGAAGCCUGCAGCUGUGAACUGGAUUGAAGGGCGUGGCAAGUCCGUGGUUUGUGAGGCAAUCAUCAAGGAAGAAAUUGUGAGUAAGGUGCUGAAAACCAAUGUGGCUGCCCUGGUUGAGCUCAACAUGCUCAAGAACCUCACUGGAUCGGCUGUUGCUGGCGCUCUCGGUGGAUUCAAUGCCCAUGCUAGCAAUAUUGUUUCUGCAGUGUUUAUAGCCACUGGGCAGGAUCCAGCCCAAAACAUUGAGAGCUCACACUGCAUCACCAUGAUGGAAGCUGUCAAUGAUGGCAAGGAUCUUCAUAUCUCUGUCACUAUGCCGUCCAUUGAGGUGGGUACAGUGGGAGGUGGAACUCAACUUGCAUCCCAAUCUGCUUGCCUGAACCUUCUGGGCGUGAAAGGUGCCAGUAAGGAGUCACCUGGAUCAAACUCGAGGGUGUUGGCCACCAUCGUAGCUGGUUCGGUUUUGGCUGGCGAACUGUCCCUGAUGUCGGCCAUUGCUGCUGGGCAGCUAGUCAAGAGCCACAUGAAGUACAACAGAUCCAGCAGAGAUGUCACCAAAGCGGCCUCCUAGAGGGAGGGAAGUAAGGCUUCAGCAAGAAAAGAAACUAAUUAGAAAUAAGGACCCCAGAAAAAAAAAAAAAAAAAGAAAAAAAAAAAGUGGAAUAAUCAGGUUUGGAAGAUAAAAAUGCAGGAGGAAAGAAGGAAAUGGGGGAUUAGAAAAAAGGGGAAAUGAACAUUCGCUUGAUAGCUUGCUCACUGGCACGGCCGCCCCCCCAUGUGGAUUCGCUGCAUGGCAGUAGCUGUAUAGUUUGGCAAUUAUGUGCAAGUGCAGAGUGAUGAAGCUUCAUGGUUCUCUCUCUCUGUCUGAAUGGUGGUGCCUUGUGAGCCUCACAUUUGCAUUUGAUGUUUUUUAUUUUGUGUAUGUUUUGGAGCAGUUCCUUUUGCAGUUGUUGGGUGUUGCUGGCAUGCAUGUGUUUUGUAUUUUGAACUCUGGAGGCAAAGAUUAGAUUCCCCUUUCUAUGCUUUUGGAACAUGGAAAGAUCCCUUCCCCUUUUUAUUUAGACUCUGCUGCUCAUGGGUUCUAUUGUAUGUACAAUGUACCUAUUUGGUGUUUUUGUUUUGUACCAUCUUCUCAAUGCACAUUUCUGGCUAGGAUUUUUUAUGGGUGAA